AUGUCCAUCUAUAAAACCCACUCCCUCAGUUCAGGAGUCGAAAAUGGAGAUUCCAAAAUCACAACCCACGACCACACAAAAUCCAUCCAAGACCCCGAAUCCAAAUCCGGUCCAGCAUCAGAAUCUGCACAUAUCUCCAAUCAUCAAGCCGAACGAGCUCUCUGUCGAAAGUUCGACUGUAGAUUAUUACCAGUUCUCGCUUGCAUGUACCUUUUCAAUUCACUAGACAAGGGGAAUCUGGGAAAUUCGAAAACGGACGGGCUGGAAAGGGAUCUGGGUUUUGAAAAUAAUCAGUAUAAUCUUAUCUUGAGCGUGUUUUAUAUACCGUAUGUUUUGUGUGCUCUUCCUAUUGCUAUGCUUGGAAAGAAGUAUGGGCCAGCAACUGUCUUACCCAUCCUUAUGAUGUUUUUCGGAUCCUUUACAAUUCUCGGAGUCGCCGCUCAAAAUUUCGGUGGAAUGAUGGCUCUCAGAUGGUUUCUUGUUAUUUACUACCUCACUACCUUUUACCGCCGUGGUGAACUCGCUCGUCGUCUCGCCAUUUUCUACGCAGCCAGCAACAUCGCUUCAGCAUUCUCCGGCCUCCUAGCAGUCGGUUGUUUCAAAAUAACCAACACCCCCCUCUACCCCUGGCGCUAUCUCUUCCUAAUCGAAGGAAGCGCCACCCUCCUCUUCUCCAUUUUCACCUACUUCUAUCUCCCCUCUUCCGCCUCCACCGCUAAAUUCCUCACCUCACAAGAGCGAAACCUAGCACACCACCGCAUCCGCGUAGAUUCCUCCUCCACCGUCAACGAAAAGUUCCACCUCGCCGAUUCCCUCCUCAUCUUCGCCCAACCCACCACCUACGCCUUCCUCGCCAUCGAAAUCUGUCUCGGCGUCCCCCUGCAAUCCGUAACUCUCUUCCUCCCCCAAAUUGUCGCACGACUAGGUUAUUCCCCUAUCAAAACCAACUUGUACACCGUAGCCCCCAAUAUCUCAGGCGCGGUCAUGCUGCUGAUCUUAGCUUUUGCCUCGGAUUACACGAGGCGUCGUGGUCCGUUUAUUGCGUUGGGGUUCGCGUUUACUUUUAUAGGCUUUAUUAUCUAUGUCUCGAUUGAUGUCACAGACCAAUUGCAUGUAGCGUAUUUCGCGACGUUCAUGAUGUGUUGGGGGACGGCGGCCCCGAGUGUAUUGUUGAGUACGUGGUAUAAUAAUAAUAUUCCACAUGAGGGACGGAGGGUGGUGAUGAGUAGUGUGGGGGUUCCGUUGAGUAAUUUGAUGGGAUUGGUUUCUUCGAAUGUUUUUUUGAAUAGGGAUGCUCCUAAGUACAUUCCCGCCCUGGCAACAACAGCAGCCUUCGGCGCAACAGGCGUAAUCCUCUCGACAUCUCUAGCUCUCUAUAUGAUGAUGGAUAAUCGACGUCGGGAUAGAAAAUUAGGGAGGAGAUUGGAUGCGGCGGAGAUCCCGACUGAGUUGUUGAGGGAUGGUCCGGGGGUUGCGGAGUUUAGGUGGUUUUUGUGA